AUGAUUGUAGAGGAUGUUGGUGACGAAGGAGAAGAAGAAAAAGAAUUCAUUUCCUAUAAUAUCAACAUAGACAUUCAUUAUGGGGUUAAGUCCAAUAGUUUGGCAUUCAUUAAGCGCACCCCCGUGAUUGACGCAGAUAAACCAGUGUCUUCUCAGCUCCGCGUUCUUACGCUCAGUGAAGACUCGCCCUAUGAAACGCUUCACUCCUUCAUUAGCAAUGCAGUGGCUCCUUUUUUCAAGUCCUACAUCAGAGAGUCUGGCAAGGCAGACAGAGAUGGUGAUAAGAUGGCUCCUUCCGUUGAGAAGAAAAUUGCAGAACUUGAAAUGGGACUCCUUCACUUGCAACAGAACAUUGAGAUUCCAGAGAUCAGCCUCCCAAUCCAUCCAGUCAUUACAAAUGUUGCAAAACAGUGCUAUGAACGCGGAGAAAAGCCAAAAGUUACAGAUUUUGGAGAUAAAGUUGAAGAUCCAACAUUUCUUAACCAACUGCAAUCCGGAGUUAACCGGUGGAUCCGAGAAAUUCAAAAAGCUAUCCGUAAUGCUUCCUUUUCAGGUCUAAAGCAGGCUUUGGAGACCGUGAAUGACUACAACCCGCUGAUGAAGGACUUCCCUCUCAAUGACUUACUCUCUGCCACUGAGCUGGACAAAAUAAGGCAGGCACUUGUUGCAAUUUUCACCCAUUUGAGAAAAAUCCGAAACACAAAAUAUCCCAUUCAGAGGGCCCUGCGUUUGGUGGAGGCAAUUUCAAGAGAUUUGAGUUCUCAGUUACUCAAAGUAUUGGGCACAAGAAAAUUAAUGCACGUUGCUUAUGAGGAAUUUGAAAAAGUUAUGGUAGCUUGCUUCGAAGUUUUCCAGACUUGGGAUGAUGAGUAUGAGAAACUGCAGGUGUUGCUCAGAGACAUCGUCAAGAGAAAGAGGGAGGAAAAUCUGAAGAUGGUGUGGCGCAUUAAUCCUGCUCACAGGAAGCUCCAGGCUCGCCUGGACCAGAUGAGGAAAUUUAGGCGCCAGCAUGAACAGCUAAGAGCUGUCAUCGUCAGGGUCCUGAGGCCACAGGUCACAGCUGUUGCACAGCAGAAUCAAGGUGAGGUUCCUGAACCCCAAGACAUGAAGGUGGCGGAGGUUCUCUUCGAUGCUGCAGACGCCAACGCUAUUGAAGAGGUGAAUCUGGCUUACGAGAAUGUCAAGGAAGUUGAUGGGCUAGACGUCUCCAAAGAAGGCACAGAGGCCUGGGAGGCAGCGAUGAAGAGGUACGACGAGAGGAUUGACCGAGUGGAGACCCGCAUCACGGCGCGCCUUCGAGAUCAGCUCGGCACAGCCAAGAAUGCCAACGAGAUGUUCAGGAUUUUCUCCAGGUUCAAUGCGCUGUUUGUCCGACCUCACAUCCGUGGGGCUAUCCGUGAAUACCAGACCCAGUUGAUCCAGCGGGUUAAAGAUGACAUUGAAUCUCUGCACGACAAGUUCAAGGUCCAAUAUCCACAAAGUCAGGCUUGUAAGAUGAGUCACGUUCGUGAUCUGCCCCCUGUGUCAGGGUCUAUCAUCUGGGCUAAACAGAUUGACAGACAGCUCACUGCCUACAUGAAGCGAGUGGAAGAUGUCCUUGGCAAGGGCUGGGAGAACCAUGUGGAAGGACAGAAACUGAAGCAGGACGGAGACAGCUUCCGCAUGAAGCUCAACACCCAGGAGAUCUUUGAUGACUGGGCAAGGAAGGUGCAGCAGCGCAACCUGGGCGUGUCGGGGCGCAUCUUCACCAUUGAAAGCACCCGUGUUCGGGGCCGAACUGGUAAUGUCCUUAAACUCAAAGUGAACUUUCUUCCCGAGAUCAUCACACUUUCAAAAGAAGUCCGGAACCUCAAGUGGCUCGGCUUCCGGGUCCCGUUGGCCAUCGUGAACAAGGCCCAUCAAGCAAACCAGCUUUACCCGUUUGCCAUCUCCCUGAUUGAAAGCGUCCGGACAUAUGAGCGAACCUGCGAGAAAGUGGAGGAGCGGAACACCAUUUCCCUGUUGGUCGCUGGCUUGAAAAAGGAAGUGCAGGCCUUGAUCGCAGAGGGCAUUGCCUUGGUGUGGGAAUCCUAUAAACUCGACCCCUACGUGCAGCGCCUCGCAGAGACAGUCUUCAACUUCCAGGAAAAGGUGGAUGAUCUCCUGAUUAUUGAAGAAAAAAUAGACUUGGAAGUCCGUUCCUUGGAAACCUGCAUGUAUGAUCAUAAGACUUUCUCUGAGAUCCUGAACAGAGUCCAGAAAGCCGUGGAUGACUUGAAUCUGCACUCGUACUCCAACCUGCCCAUCUGGGUCAACAAGCUCGAUAUGGAGAUUGAAAGGAUACUGGGCGUCCGUCUACAAGCAGGCCUAAGGGCUUGGACCCAGGUGCUUCUGGGCCAGGCUGAAGAUAAAGCAGAAGUCGACAUGGACACAGAUGCUCCACAACUUAGUCACAAGCCUGGUGGAGAGCCAAAGAUCAAAAACGUUGUUCAUGAGCUAAGAAUAACCAAUCAGGUAAUCUAUCUGAACCCUCCGAUCGAGGAGUGCAGAUACAAGCUAUACCAGGAAAUGUUUGCCUGGAAGAUGGUGGUGCUGUCCCUCCCCCGCAUCCAGAGUCAGAGGUACCAGGUGGGCGUGCAUUACGAAUUGACUGAAGAAGAGAAAUUCUAUCGGAAUGCUUUAACGCGCAUGCCUGAUGGCCCUGUUGCCCUGGAAGAGUCCUAUUCUGCAGUCAUGGGCAUCGUGACCGAGGUGGAGCAGUAUGUUAAGGUGUGGCUUCAGUACCAGUGCCUGUGGGACAUGCAAGCUGAAAACAUCUACAACCGCCUUGGGGAAGACCUCAACAAGUGGCAGGCGCUGCUGGUUCAGAUCAGGAAGGCUAGAGGAACUUUCGACAAUGCUGAAACCAAGAAAGAGUUUGGGCCAGUGGUUAUAGAUUAUGGCAAGGUGCAAUCCAAGGUGAACCUGAAGUACGACUCCUGGCAUAAGGAAGUUCUCAGCAAAUUUGGUCAGAUGCUAGGAUCAAACAUGACGGAAUUCCAUUCUCAGAUCUCGAAGUCUCGCCAAGAGCUGGAGCAGCACUCCGUAGACACAGCCAGCACCUCUGAUGCUGUGACCUUCAUCACCUACGUGCAGUCUCUGAAACGGAAGAUCAAACAGUUUGAGAAACAAGUUGAGCUUUACCGCAAUGGUCAACGUCUGCUGGAAAAACAAAGGUUCCAGUUCCCCCCCUCCUGGCUUUACAUCGACAACAUCGAGGGAGAGUGGGGGGCUUUCAAUGACAUCAUGCGGAGGAAGGACUCUGCCAUCCAGCAGCAGGUGGCAAACCUGCAGAUGAAGAUUGUGCAGGAGGACCGGGCUGUGGAAAGCCGUACCACUGACCUACUGUCAGACUGGGAGAAGACCAAGCCUGUCACGGGCAAUCUUCGCCCCGAGGAGGCUCUUCAGGCUCUGACCAUAUACGAAGGAAAAUUUGGCAGACUGAAGGAUGACAGAGAGAAAUGUGCAAAGGCCAAAGAGGCGCUGGAGCUGACGGACACGGGCCUCCUCAGUGGCAGCGAGGAGCGCGUGCAGGUGGCCUUAGAGGAAUUACAGGACCUCAAAGGCGUUUGGUCAGAGCUUUCUAAAGUCUGGGAACAAAUAGAUCAGAUGAAGGAGCAGCCAUGGGUUUCAGUACAGCCUCGAAAGCUUCGACAAAACUUAGAUGGCCUCUUGAACCAGCUGAAGAAUUUUCCUGCCCGGCUUCGACAGUACGCCUCCUAUGAGUUUGUUCAGAGGCUGCUGAAAGGCUAUAUGAAGAUCAACAUGCUGGUGAUUGAACUGAAAUCUGAAGCACUUAAAGACCGGCACUGGAAACAACUGAUGAAGCGGCUACAUGUUAACUGGGUGCUUUCGGAGUUGACCCUCGGCCAGAUCUGGGAUGUGGACCUGCAGAAGAACGAAGCUGUUGUCAAGGAUGUGCUGCUGGUGGCACAGGGGGAGAUGGCUCUGGAGGAGUUUUUGAAGCAGAUACGGGAAGUAUGGAAUACCUACGAACUGGACCUGGUCAACUAUCAGAAUAAGUGCCGCCUGAUCCGAGGCUGGGAUGACCUCUUCAACAAAGUCAAAGAGCACAUUAACAGUGUCUCCGCCAUGAAGCUCUCUCCAUAUUACAAGGUUUUCGAGGAGGAUGCCCUGUCCUGGGAAGACAAACUGAACCGGAUCAUGGCUCUCUUUGACGUAUGGAUUGACGUGCAGAGGCGAUGGGUCUACCUGGAAGGCAUCUUCACAGGCAGUGCAGACAUCAAACACUUGCUGCCUGUGGAAACCCAGCGGUUCCAGAGUAUCAGCACAGAGUUUUUGGCUCUUAUGAAAAAAGUAUCCAAGUCUCCCCUUGUUAUGGAUGUUCUGAACAUCCAGGGCGUGCAAAGGUCUCUAGAAAGGUUGGCAGACCUGCUUGGAAAGAUCCAGAAGGCCCUUGGAGAAUACCUGGAAAGAGAGCGCUCGUCUUUCCCCAGGUUCUAUUUUGUGGGUGAUGAAGAUUUGCUUGAAAUCAUUGGAAACAGCAAGAACGUAGCUAAAUUGCAGAAACACUUCAAGAAAAUGUUUGCUGGUGUUUCGAGCAUCAUUCUGAACGAGGAUAACUCUGUGGUCCUGGGCAUCUCGUCCCGAGAAGGGGAGGAGGUUAUGUUUAAAACUCCUGUGUCCAUCACCGAACAUCCCAAAAUCAAUGAGUGGCUCACGCUGGUGGAGAAGGAGAUGAGAGUCACCUUGGCUAAACUUCUUGCUGAGUCUGUUACAGAGGUGGAAAUUUUUGGCAAAGCGACAUCAAUUGACCCAAGCACCUACAUCACUUGGAUCGAUAAAUACCAGGCCCAGCUUGUGGUUUUGUCAGCCCAGAUAGCCUGGUCUGAAAAUGUGGAGAACGCGCUGAGCAGCAUCGGAGGAGGUGGGGACACUGCGCCUUUGCAGUCUGUGCUGAGCAACGUUGAGGUCACUCUGAACGUGUUAGCGGACUCCGUCCUCAUGGAGCAGCCCCCGCUCCGCAGAAGGAAGCUGGAGCACCUGAUUACAGAGUUGGUUCACCAGAGAGACGUUACCAGAUCCUUGAUCAAAAGCAAGAUUGACAACCCCAAAUCAUUUGAGUGGCUCAGCCAGAUGCGGUUUUACUUUGACCCUAAGCAAACGGAUGUGCUGCAGCAAUUGUCAAUUCAAAUGGCAAAUGCCAAAUUUAACUACGGCUUCGAGUACCUGGGGGUUCAAGACAAGCUGGUCCAGACCCCGCUCACUGACCGCUGCUAUCUGACAAUGACGCAGGCCUUGGAGGCCAGGCUCGGGGGCUCCCCAUUCGGGCCUGCUGGGACCGGGAAGACGGAGUCUGUUAAAGCCCUGGGCCAUCAGCUUGGGCGCUUUGUCUUAGUUUUCAACUGUGAUGAAACCUUUGACUUCCAGGCGAUGGGACGUAUCUUUGUGGGGCUUUGUCAGGUGGGCGCGUGGGGCUGCUUUGACGAGUUUAACCGCCUGGAGGAGCGGAUGCUCUCGGCCGUGUCCCAGCAGGUGCAGUGCAUACAGGAAGCGCUGCGCGAGCACUCCAACCCCAACUACGAUAAGACCUCUGCCCCCAUUACUUGUGAGCUGCUCAACAAACAAGUCAAAGUGAGCCCAGACAUGGCCAUCUUCAUCACCAUGAACCCUGGCUACGCAGGCCGCUCCAACCUCCCCGACAACCUCAAGAAGCUGUUCCGGAGCCUGGCCAUGACCAAGCCCGACCGCCAGCUCAUCGCACAGGUCAUGCUCUACUCACAGGGCUUCCGGACCGCCGAGGUCCUGGCCAACAAAAUCGUCCCCUUCUUCAAACUAUGUGACGAGCAGCUGUCGUCUCAAAGCCACUAUGACUUCGGUCUCCGGGCUUUGAAGAGUGUGCUGGUGAGCGCUGGCAAUGUGAAGAGGGAGAGGAUUCAGAAGAUAAAGAGGGAGAAAGAAGAACGAGGGGAAGCAGUUGAUGAAGGAGAAAUUGCAGAGAAUCUGCCAGAACAAGAGAUCCUGAUACAGAGCGUCUGUGAGACCAUGGUGCCCAAGCUGGUGGCUGAAGACAUCCCGCUGCUCUUCAGUCUCCUGUCGGACGUGUUCCCCGGAGUCCAGUACCACCGAGGGGAGAUGACCGCCCUUCGAGAAGAGCUCAAGAAAGUGUGUCGGGAGAUGUACUUGACAUACGGCGACGGGGAAGAAGUCGGCGGAAUGUGGGUUGAGAAGGUUCUCCAGCUCUAUCAGAUCACCCAGAUCAACCACGGUCUGAUGAUGGUGGGGCCCUCAGGAAGUGGGAAGAGCAUGGCCUGGCGUGUGCUGCUGAAGGCUCUGGAGAGGCUGGAGGGCGUGGAGGGCGUGGCCCACAUCAUUGACCCGAAGGCCAUCAGCAAAGACCACCUCUACGGAACCCUGGACCCCAACACCCGGGAGUGGACCGACGGGCUCUUCACACACGUACUGAGGAAGAUCAUAGACAAUGUGAGAGGUGAGCUACAGAAACGCCAGUGGAUCGUGUUUGAUGGGGAUGUGGACCCGGAGUGGGUUGAGAAUCUGAAUUCCGUGCUCGACGACAACAAACUCCUGACUCUGCCCAACGGAGAGCGACUCAGCCUUCCACCCAAUGUGCGAAUAAUGUUUGAAGUACAGGACCUGAAGUAUGCAACACUGGCCACGGUGUCACGCUGUGGCAUGGUGUGGUUCAGCGAGGACGUGCUCAGCACAGACAUGAUCUUCAACAACUUCCUGGCCAGGCUGCGCAGCAUCCCCCUGGACGAAGGGGAGGAUGAGGCCCAGCGGCGGCGCAAGGGCAAGGAGGACGAGGGAGAAGAGGCUGCCUCCCCGAUGCUGCAGAUCCAAAGGGAUGCGGCAACCAUCAUGCAGCCAUACUUCACGUCCAACGGCCUGGUCACCAAGGCCCUGGAGCAUGCCUUCAAGCUGGAGCACAUCAUGGACCUGACGCGGCUGCGCUGCCUGGGCUCGCUCUUCUCCAUGCUGCACCAAGCCUGCCGCAACGUGGCGCAGUACAAUGCCAACCACCCCGACUUCCCUAUGCACAUCGAGCAGCUGGAGCGCUACAUUCAGCGAUACCUGGUUUACGCCAUCCUCUGGUCCCUGUCUGGAGACAGCCGGCUGAAAAUGAGAGCAGAGUUGGGUGAAUACAUCAGACGCAUCACCACGGUGCCGCUGCCCACUGCCCCCAACAUCCCCAUCAUCGACUAUGAAGUGUCCAUCAGUGGAGAAUGGUCUCCGUGGCAGGCCAAGGUGCCCCAGAUUGAAGUGGAGACACACAAGGUGGCAGCCCCGGAUGUCGUCGUGCCAACUCUGGACACGGUCCGCCAUGAAGCUCUCUUGUACACUUGGCUUGCUGAGCACAAGCCGCUGGUGCUGUGUGGCCCUCCAGGCUCUGGCAAGACCAUGACCCUCUUCAGCGCCCUUCGGGCCUUGCCUGACAUGGAGGUCGUCGGCCUUAACUUCUCCAGUGCCACUACCCCAGAGCUCCUCCUGAAGACUUUCGACCACUACUGCGAGUACAGGCGCACACCCAACGGCGUUGUCCUGGCUCCCGUUCAGCUUGGAAAGUGGCUGGUGCUGUUCUGUGAUGAAAUCAACCUGCCGGACAUGGACAAAUACGGCACGCAGAGGGUCAUCUCCUUCAUCAGACAGAUGGUGGAGCACGGAGGCUUUUACCGCACCUCAGAUCAAACAUGGGUGAAGCUAGAGCGGAUCCAGUUUGUGGGGGCCUGUAAUCCCCCCACCGACCCUGGGAGAAAGCCCUUGUCCCACAGGUUCCUGCGGCACGUGCCUGUGGUGUAUGUGGAUUACCCAGGACCUGCCUCCCUCACCCAGAUCUACGGCACCUUCAACCGCGCCAUGCUGAGGCUCAUCCCCUCCCUGCGCACCUACGCAGAGCCGCUCACGGCAGCCAUGGUGGAGUUCUACACCAUGUCUCAGGAGAGAUUCACUCAAGACACCCAGCCCCACUACAUCUACUCACCCCGGGAGAUGACGCGGUGGGUCAGGGGUAUCUUUGAGGCCCUAAGACCCCUGGAGACUUUGCCUGUUGAAGGCCUCAUUCGGAUUUGGGCACACGAAGCCCUCCGUCUCUUCCAGGACAGGCUCGUGGAGGAUGAGGAGCGGCGCUGGACUGACGAGAACAUUGACAUGGUGGCUCUGAAGCACUUCCCCAACAUAGACAAAGAGAAAGCCAUGAGCCGGCCCAUCCUGUACAGUAACUGGCUGUCCAAGGAUUACAUCCCAGUUGACCAAGAAGAAUUAAGAGAUUAUGUCAAAGCUAGGCUGAAAGUCUUCUAUGAAGAAGAGCUUGAUGUUCCUCUAGUGCUGUUCAAUGAAGUGCUAGACCAUGUGCUCAGGAUUGACAGAAUAUUCCGUCAGCCACAAGGCCACUUGCUUCUGAUUGGUGUUAGUGGUGCAGGAAAGACCACCCUGUCUCGGUUCGUCGCCUGGAUGAAUGGUUUGAGUGUGUACCAGAUAAAGGUCCACAGAAAGUAUACAGGGGAAGACUUUGAUGAAGAUCUCCGGACAGUGCUGAGACGUUCUGGCUGUAAAAAUGAGAAGAUAGCAUUCAUCAUGGAUGAAUCCAACGUGUUAGAUUCUGGGUUCCUGGAGCGAAUGAACACCCUUUUGGCCAAUGGCGAGGUUCCUGGGCUCUUUGAAGGAGAUGAGUAUGCCACCCUGAUGACGCAGUGCAAAGAGGGCGCCCAGAAGGAGGGCCUGAUGCUCGACUCCCACGAAGAGCUCUACAAGUGGUUCACCAGCCAGGUGAUCCGCAACCUGCACGUGGUGUUCACCAUGAACCCGUCCUCAGAGGGGCUCAAGGACCGGGCAGCUACCUCGCCCGCCCUUUUCAACAGGUGCGUGUUAAAUUGGUUUGGUGACUGGUCCACAGAAGCACUGUAUCAAGUUGGCAAAGAAUUCACCAGCAAAAUGGACCUGGAGAAGCCUAACUACAUGGUGCCGGAUUAUAUGCCGGUGGUGUACGACAAACUGCCCCAACCCCCCUCGCACCGCGAGGCCAUCGUCAACAGCUGUGUGUUCGUCCAUCAGACCCUUCACCAGCACUCAUUUGUGGGAGGCAGGAGGAUUGUGAGUGUGAGACCAGUGGGAGCUACUAGUGAGGUCCAGACCAGCCGCAGAUCUGUGAAAUCCAUCAAGAAGCAGCACCUGGUGGAAGUGCGGUCCAUGGCCAACCCUCCUGCUGCCGUGAAGCUGGCUCUCGAGUCCAUCUGCCUGCUGCUGGGCGAAAGCACCACGGACUGGAAGCAGAUCCGCUCCAUCAUCAUGCGGGAGAACUUCAUCCCCACCAUCGUCAACUUCUCUGCUGAGGAGAUCAGUGAUGCCAUAAGGGAGAAGAUGAAGAAGAACUACAUGUCCAAUCCAAGUUACAAUUACGAGAUUGUCAACCGCGCCUCCCUGGCCUGUGGCCCCAUGGUAAAAUGGGCGAUCGCACAGCUGAAUUACGCAGACAUGCUGAAGAGAGUGGAGCCCCUGCGGAAUGAGCUGCAGAAGCUGGAAGAUGAUGCCAAGGACAACCAGCAGAAGGCCAACGAGGUGGAACAGAUGAUCCGGGACCUAGAGGCCAGCAUUGCGCGCUACAAGGAGGAGUAUGCCGUCCUCAUCUCAGAGGCCCAGGCCAUCAAGGCCGACCUGGCAGCCGUCGAGGCCAAAGUGAACCGGAGCACUGCUCUCCUGAAGAGCUUGUCUGCUGAACGGGAACGAUGGGAAAAAACAAGUGAGACGUUCAAGAACCAGAUGUCCACCAUUGCCGGGGACUGCCUGCUGUCGGCCGCCUUCAUCGCCUAUGCCGGGUACUUUGACCAGCAGAUGCGGCAGAACUUGUUCACCACCUGGUCUCACCACCUGCAGCAAGCCAACAUCCAGUUCCGCACAGACAUCGCGAGGACUGAGUACCUCUCCAAUGCUGACGAGCGUCUGCGCUGGCAGGCCAGCUCCCUGCCUGCCGACGACCUGUGCACGGAGAACGCCAUCAUGCUGAAACGCUUCAAUCGGUAUCCGCUGAUCAUCGAUCCCUCCGGGCAGGCCACGGAGUUCAUUAUGAAUGAGUACAAGGACCGGAAGAUCACACGGACCAGCUUCUUGGAUGAUGCCUUCAGAAAGAAUCUGGAGAGUGCACUGAGAUUUGGGAACCCCCUUCUGGUCCAGGAUGUGGAGAGCUACGACCCAGUUUUGAAUCCAGUACUGAAUCGUGAAGUUCGGCGCACAGGAGGGAGGGUGCUGAUCACCCUUGGUGACCAGGACAUAGAUUUGUCACCAUCAUUUGUCAUCUUCCUGUCCACCAGAGACCCCACGGUUGAGUUCCCACCGGACCUGUGCUCCCGGGUCACCUUUGUGAACUUCACCGUCACCCGGAGCAGUCUGCAGAGCCAGUGUCUCAAUGAAGUGCUGAAGGCAGAGAGGCCCGACGUGGACGAAAAGCGUUCUGAUCUUCUUAAGCUUCAAGGGGAGUUUCAGCUCCGCUUACGCCAGCUGGAGAAGUCUCUGCUACAAGCGCUGAACGAGGUGAAAGGUCGCAUCCUGGAUGAUGACACAAUCAUAACGACCCUGGAGAACCUCAAGCGAGAAGCUGCUGAGGUGACCAGGAAGGUGGAGGAGACGGAUAUCGUCAUGCAGGAGGUGGAGACGGUGUCGCAGCAGUACCUGCCACUGUCCACCGCCUGCAGCAGCAUCUACUUCACCAUGGAGUCCCUGAAGCAGAUACACUUCCUCUACCAGUACUCCCUCCAGUUCUUCCUGGACAUCUACCACAAUGUGCUGUAUGAGAACCCAAACCUGAAGGGGGUCAGUGACCACACACAGCGCCUCGCCACUGUCACCAGGGACCUCUUCCAGGUGGCGUUUAACCGAGUGGCCCGAGGUAUGCUGCACCAGGACCACAUCACCUUCGCCAUGUUGCUGGCGAGGAUCAAGCUGAAGGGCACUGUGGGGGAGCCCACCUAUGAUGCUGAGUUCCAGCACUUCCUGAGAGGGAAGGAGAUUGUGCUGAGUGCAGGCUCCACUCCCAAAGUCCAGGGCCUGACUAUGGAACAAGCAGAGGCCGUUGUGAGGUUGAGCUGUCUUCCUGCAUUUAAAGAUCUGAUCGCGAAGGUUCAGGCAGAUGAGCAAUUUGGCAUCUGGCUGGACAGCAGCUCCCCAGAGCAGACAGUGCCGUACGUCUGGAGUGAGGACACGCCUGCGACUCCCAUCGGACAGGCCAUCCACCGGCUGCUCUUGAUUCAGGCUUUCCGGCCUGACCGCUUGCUGGCCAUGGCGCACAUGUUUGUCUCCACCAACCUUGGAGAGUCCUUCAUGUCCAUCAUGGAGCAGCCGCUCGACCUGACACACAUCGUGGGCACAGAGGUGAAGCCAAACACCCCUGUCCUGAUGUGCUCUGUGCCUGGGUAUGAUGCCAGCGGGCACGUGGAGGACCUGGCAGCUGAGCAGAACACACAGAUCACCUCGAUUGCCAUCGGCUCAGCGGAAGGCUUCAACCAAGCAGACAAGGCUAUCAACACGGCAGUGAAAUCGGGCAGGUGGGUGAUGCUGAAGAACGUGCACCUGGCCCCCGGGUGGCUGAUGCAGCUGGAGAAGAAGCUGCAUUCCCUGCAGCCCCACGCCUGCUUCCGGCUCUUCCUCACCAUGGAGAUCAACCCCAAGGUGCCAGUGAACCUGCUCCGCGCAGGCCGCAUCUUCGUGUUCGAGCCACCACCGGGCGUGAAGGCCAACAUGCUGCGGACCUUCAGCAGCAUCCCUGUGUCUCGGAUAUGCAAGUCUCCCAACGAACGUGCCCGCUUGUAUUUCCUGCUGGCCUGGUUCCAUGCCAUCAUCCAAGAGCGCCUGCGCUACGCACCCCUGGGCUGGUCCAAGAAGUACGAAUUUGGAGAAUCUGACCUGAGGUCAGCCUGUGACACAGUGGACACAUGGCUAGACGACACGGCCAAGGGCAGGCAGAACAUCUCUCCUGACAAGAUCCCCUGGUCUGCGCUGAAGACCCUGAUGGCCCAGUCCAUCUACGGGGGGCGCGUGGACAAUGAGUUUGACCAGCGUCUGCUCAACACCUUCCUCGAGCGGCUCUUCACCACCAGGAGCUUCGAUAGUGAGUUCAAGCUGGCCUGCAAGGUCGAUGGGCACAAGGACAUUCAAAUGCCCGAUGGGAUCAGGCGAGAGGAGUUUGUGCAGUGGGUGGAACUGCUCCCCGACGCACAGACGCCCUCCUGGCUGGGCCUGCCCAACAACGCUGAGAAGGUGCUCCUGACCACCCAAGGUGUGGACAUGAUCAGUAAGAUGCUGAAGAUGCAGAUGCUGGAGGAUGAGGAUGACCUGGCCUACGCAGAGACGGAGAAGAAGACCAGGACAGACUCCACAUCUGACGGGCGCCCGGCCUGGAUGAGGACCCUGCACACCACGGCCUCCAACUGGCUGCACCUCAUCCCCCAGGCGCUGAGCCCGCUCAAACGCACGGUGGAGAACAUCAAGGAUCCUCUGUUCAGAUUCUUUGAGAGGGAGGUAAAGAUGGGGGCGAAGCUGCUCCAGGACGUGCGCCAGGACCUGGCAGACGUGGCACAGGUGUGCGAGGGGAAGAAGAAGCAGACCAACUACCUGCGCACACUCAUCAACGAGCUGGUGAAAGGGAUCCUGCCUCGGAGCUGGUCUCACUACACGGUGCCGGCCGGCAUGACGGUCAUCCAGUGGGUGUCGGACUUCAGCGAGCGCAUCAAGCAGCUGCAGAGCAUCUCGCAGGCCGCCGCGUCGGGGGGCGCCAAGGAACUCAAGAACGUCCACGUGUACCUCGGCGGCCUGUUUGUGCCCGAGGCGUACAUCACCGCCACAAGGCAGUACGUGGCCCAGGCCACCAGCUGGUCCUUGGAGGAGCUCUGCCUGGAGGUCAAUGUCACCACCUCUCAGGGCGCCACCCUGGACGCCUGCAGCUUUGGGGUCACAGGUCUGAAGCUCCAAGGGGCCACGUGCAACAACAACAAGCUGUCACUGUCCAACGCCAUCUCCACCGUCCUCCCGCUGACGCAGCUGCGCUGGGUCAAGCAGACGAACGCCGAGAAGAAGGCCAGUGUGGUGACCUUACCCGUGUACCUGAACUUCACCCGGGCAGACCUCAUCUUCACCGUGGACUUCGAAAUUGCUACCAAGGAAGAUCCUCGAAGCUUCUACGAGCGAGGCGUGGCCGUGCUGUGCACUGAGUGAGGCACCCGCGGGCUCCCCUAUGUCACAGUAAAACUCAGUAUUUAACACGCAUUCACCCUGGCCGCGGGGCAGCGCGGGCUGCGCUGCGGAAGGAGCGGGAGGGAGGCAGGGCGGGGCGAUCGCCGAGGCACGGAGCGCGGCGGCCGGUAGCAAGCAGUGGGUUGGUACAGCUGAAGUGCGUGGUUUUAGAGUGUCCACGCGGGGCUGGUUUUAUGAAUAAAACACUAAACAUGG